GAGCAUGUGAAAUGAUGCUUAUUGAUAGCUGUGGGACGUCACAAAACCACAAGAUCUCGAGCGGUCGUUAAACGUGUGGGACGGUGUUCAACGGUACGGCGUUAAGCCUCUGGAAGGUGGGGGCAUUUAGUUGGGUAAGUGGAGCUAUGUUGCUUUGUUAAGCCACACCCCACCCAAGCCACUGACACACGCGCCAAGCAGCCAAUUAAGGAAAGACGCGUCGACCGCGUUCUCCCGCGCUGCAGCCUUGAACAUCACCAACUCUAGCAAUUGAACCAUCGCAGUCCAGACCAGCUCUCUCAACUCGCCACAUUUCACUACGACGACCUGUACAGAAAGUCUCGCCCGAAAAGACUCUCAAAAUGUCCGACUUCGAAGAUGAGAUGGACAUUGAUCUCCCCGUCUCCAAAGACGUCACCUUUUCCUCCAGCAAUGCAGCCAAGGGCAAGCGCAGUGCCGCCAAUCUCCCAGUUGAAGCCGAAGACAGCCUUCCAUGGGUCGAAAAGUAUCGCCCAGUCUCCCUCGACGACGUCUCUGGCCACCAAGACAUCCUCGCUACCAUCAACAAGUUCGUCGACUCGAACCGCCUUCCACAUCUCCUUCUCUAUGGUCCACCCGGCACCGGAAAAACAUCCACCAUCCUCGCCCUGGCCCGACGAAUCUAUGGUGCCGAGAACAUGCGCCAGAUGGUCCUCGAGCUCAACGCCUCCGACGACAGAGGUAUCGAUGUGGUCCGCGAGCAGAUCAAGACCUUUGCCUCAACGAAACAGAUCUUUAGUCUUGGAGCAUCGACCUCCAAGACAGGACUUGCCGGUUUCAAGCUGAUCAUUCUUGACGAGGCCGACGCCAUGACGAGCACAGCCCAGAUGGCACUGAGACGAAUCAUGGAGAAGUACACUGUCAACACCCGGUUCUGCAUUAUUGCCAACUACUCCCACAAGCUUAGCCCGGCGCUGCUGUCUCGGUGUACAAGAUUUCGGUUCAGUCCCUUGAAGGAGCGGGACAUCAGGGUGCUGGUAGACAAGGUUAUCGACGAGGAGCACAUCAAGAUCAAGCCUGAAGCGGCCGACGCGCUAGUGAAGCUCAGCAAAGGUGAUAUGAGACGAGCGCUGAACGUGUUGCAGGCUUGCCAUGCGUCAGGUACACCCCUCCAACCAAAAGACGCCCCCAAAAUCCCCGAAGACCAAAUCGUCCGCGAAACCAUCACGGUCGACACAAUCUACAUGUGCGUCGCCGCGCCACCACCAGAUAUCAUCAAGAAGAUCAUGAACACGCUGCUCAGCACGAGCGAUGUGACGGCCUGCUUGGCGGCCGUCAACAGCGUCAAGGUCACACAAGGGUUGGCGUUGGCGGAUAUCAUCACUGCGUUGUCGGAGGAGCUGGUCAAGUUGGAGGUAAAGCCAGAAGUUAUGAUCACCUGGCUUGACCUACUUGCCCAGGUGGAGCAUCGGGUAGCAGGGGGCGCGUCGGAGGUCAUACAGACUGGUGCUGUCGUUGGGGCAGUAAGGAAUGGAGUAGAGUUGAUGGGUUGAUGACACCAGCGCGGACGCUGUAGGAUUGAUAUAUGCAUUGGCAGGCGUUAUGGGCAAUCGCCCGAAGGAGUCGUCACCACCAUAACUGUUGCUUUUUGGUGUCAUGUCAUCUGUUUCAUUUGCAUCUCCUCAUACUUAUGGCACAGUGAUGAGAAGCUCAGGCGUACCGAAAAUGGAAGGCCGAGGGGCGUUGAGCAACCCCAAAAACACUGCCUGAGCAAGACCAGCAGCCUGUUUAUCACAAGGUAGCCAGCCUAGCUUUGCACGAAAGAAGGGUUGGUUCAAGGGUGUUUUGACUAUUUUUCGAUGCAGCCCUAUGCAUCUUCCUAAGAAGUUACGACCAUCUCAUCAGAAGGGCCCUCCUAUACUUUUGACGAAGCUGGUGGCCAAAUCUCGCAGACCUGCAUGACUGGUGAUGAGCUUCCCAAAGCCGCUUCCGGUGGCACUGCCUCGACGAUGUAUAAAACCAUAACGGUGAUCUUCUAUUUUUGGACUUUGAAACUUGAACGUAUAAAGUUUCGCCCGUUAAACCGGCCUUUUCUAUAUAUAAUAUAUCGUUAG